GUCGCUGUCGUAUAGACGCUGCAGUGUUUUCCACUGGCGUGACGUUAUGGUCUUUUGCUACGUUUGUAUCACCCCGUUAGCUAAUCUAAGUAUGAAAGCUAGCAUUCUUUACGGACCGUUAUUUUGUUUUUUAUUCCUAGAGGAUCGAGAAGUUCGGAUUCGAGUUGCUGGUUUCUCUUGACGACACAUUAUUGAUGAUGCAUUUUGUACGAAUCAACUUGGGUUCGUAGCGAGCAGACCGCCCUGUUAGUGAUCGUUAAGUGGGGGGAGGAGCGUUUAGGUUCACAGUGAAAAAAAUGGAAACUUCAUUAAAGAAGUCAAGAUGUUUUACACAUGUGGACCCAAUGAAGCCAUGGUGGUGUCUGGCUUUGGCCGUUCUCCUCCUCUAAUGAUUGCUGGUGGAAGAGUGUUUGUCUUCCCGUGUAUUCAGCAGAUUCAGAGAAUCACGCUGAACACACUAACUCUAAACGUGAAGAGUGACAAAGUCUACACUCGUCAUGGUGUCCCUAUCUCUGUCACUGGCAUUGCGCAGGUCAAGAUCCAGGGCCAGAACAAGGAGAUGCUGGCCACCGCCUGCCAAAUGUUUAUGGGCAAGUCUGAGCCUGAGAUUGCCCAGAUUGCAUUAGAGACACUGGAGGGACACCAGAGAGCCAUCAUUGCCCAUCUGACUGUGGAGGAGAUCUACCAGGACCGUAAGAAGUUCUCUGAGCAGGUCUUCAAGGUGGCCUCCUCUGAUCUGGUCAACAUGGGAAUUGGUGUUGUCAGCUACACGCUCAAAGAUGUUCACGAUGAUCAGGACUACCUUCACUCCCUGGGUAAAGCCAGAACCGCCCAAGUACAGAAGGAUGCCAGGAUUGGAGAGGCUCAGUACAAACGAGAUGCCGUCAUUAGGGAGGCCCACGCAAUGCAGGAGAAGGUUUCGGCACAGUACAAGAAUGAGAUCGAGAUGGCAAAAGCCCAGAGAGACUACGAGCUGAAAAAGGCGGCCUAUGAUGUUGAGGUCAAUACCAAGAAGGCUGAGUCAGAAAUGGCCUAUCAGCUUCAGGUGGCCAAGACCAAACAGCGCAUUGAGGAGGAGAAGAUGCAGGUUCAAGUGGUGGAGCGGACACAGCAGAUUACACUGCAGGAGCAGGAGAUCAUCCGCAAGGAGAAGGAGCUGGAGGCCAAAAUUAAGAAGCCUGCAGAAGCAGAGAAAUACAGACUGGAGAGGCUGGCUGAGGCACAGCGCCUGCAGCUCAUCAUGGAGGCUGAGGCCGAGGCCGAGUCUAUCAGAAUGAAGGGUGAGGCAGAGGCAUUUGCCAUGGAAGCUAAGGGUCGCGCUGAGGCAGAGCAGAUGAACAAGAAAGCUGAUGCCUUCAAGCAGUACAAAGAUGGAGCCAUGGUGGACAUGCUGUUGGAGAAACUGCCACUGAUGGCAGAGGAGAUCAGCAAGCCUCUGUCCGCAGCCAACAAGGUCACUAUGGUAUCCAGUGGCGGUUCAGAGGUGGGAGCAGCCAAACUUGCUGGAGAGGUGCUAGAUAUCAUGACCAGGCUGCCUAACACUGUGGAGAAACUCACUGGAAUCAACAUCUCCCAGGCUGCUGGGAGCACUACUCUUGUGCAUUAAGAAGAGUUACAGUAGAAGUACUCAGGAGAGGUGUCACCAGUAUCCAGACUAUGAGCUUCACUUCUCCUCCUUGUGCCUAUAACCACUGUAUCGACUGUAUCGACUCUGCAAACACCGUAGUCUGAUUGUGUGCAUGCAUUUGUUUCACUUGUGUGUCUCUUGCAUCUAAACAGAAUCAGGUUUUUUUUCUUCCUCCUUUAUGUGGUUUCUUUUCACAUCUCUGGGUUGGACUGUUGUGCUUUCUGCAGUGGGUGGAAGGCAACUGUGAUGGUUACAGUUAUUGACCAUGAAAUCUACACUUUUGCAAGGAGGAGACGAAAGCCUCAGCUUAAUUUACCCAGUAGUUGUCCACGUAGGAUGUCUUGAACUCCGUAGGGUACUUCAGUAUGGAAGUUUUUAUUAUUAUUUUUUUUAUCUUGCAGUCAGCCAGCCUAAUUUUCCCUGCAUAGGGACCAGGUCAUUGAACUGUAAUGCAUUAUUUAACUUGUGCCUUUCAUUUCUUUAAAUAUUGCAGAGCCUUUUUAUCAUAGCAUCACCGCAUAGCUUUGUGUGUGUGAACGCAUCGUUGUUGUCAUUGCAGUUCUGUACUGUUUACCUCACACAACCUACAUUCAUGUUUCUUUUGCUUUUUGGUGCACUCGUUCAUUGUAGACACAAAGAUGGGUUGUCACUUGUUUGCUCCACAAGCUUCUAUGUCGAAAUGAUGUUACUGGAUCCAAAAUCGGUCGUGCAAGUGCGAAAAGUCGUGUAAAGUGCAAGGAUUCGCUUUGCGUUUCAGAGUAAGGGGGAAGGAAGUGGUACAAGCUAAAGAGGUUUCCACUUGAAAGCAAUGAAAGUGUGUUGUUGUGGAAAAGCAAACAAUGUUGACUUUGCUGCUGUGUCUUGCCUUGUGGAGUCUUGGCCAUUAUAUGAUGAGUGUAAAGAAGAAGAUUCACUAACUACCAAACAAACUCGCCUGCUUACUUGCUGCCUGGAGUUGUAACUGACAUACGGAAGAUAGUAGGACUUUUGUGGUCUUUAAAUUUGUUGUACUAAUUUUCCACGACAAUGUGAUGCUGCGUGUUAUAGAUUUCAGUUAUGAACAGUUUUGAAUGAUAGUUUAGUGCCUCUGAUCAGGGGUUGAUUAAUUUCACAAGUUGAUUUACUUCUUUCUUUUUUUUCCAUAUUUUUCACUAAGAUACCACUACCAACCGUUAUGCAUUUUGUUAUCGCCAAGUGCCUGGUCAAAACUCAACAGUGAGGUCAAGUCGACUUCCUCUAGUUGAGCCUGUUAAAUUUCUGUCAGGUAAUAUUUCUUCAUAUGCAAUUGAUCAUAAGCCAUUGGCUGCUAGUAUCGACGGCCAUAGACCAAGCCAAAUCAGUUUCUACUUCUGUUGCAUGUUCUCGUGACUAAUCUUCUACUUCCCUUAAGAAUGUGCUGGUGCAUGUCUAUCAUUUAAAUUGACAUUAAGCCAUUUUUACAUAGUUUGUAAGUUGUAUACUAGUUACUGUUAGAUAUUCAAGAUUUAUCUGUAGGGAAAUGUUCUGUAGACAAUAAAAUGUGGUGCAGUCGCCCAAA